AUGGAUAUUGCGUCGGACGGGACUUGUGGAGUGUGUGGAGAUGGAAAAGGAAAGCAGAAGAAGAAAAAUGAAGAUGAGGCAUGCGCUGCUCAAGAAGAUGAUUCUGAAUCAGACACAUUUUUGUUGAUGGCUACCAUGAAUGAAGAACCCUCUCAAUCCCAAUUUUGGUUUCUUGAUAUUGGAUGUUCAAAUCACAUGACAUGUCACAAGGAAUGGCUAGUAGAUAUUAAUACAUCAAGGAGGAGCAAGAUCAAGUUUGUUGAUGAUAGAACCUUGGAAGCUAAAGGAGCUGGCAACAUGGUGAUCAAAAGGAUAAAUGGAAAAAUAGUUGUGAUUAAAAACAUGUUUUAUGUUCCAGGAAUGAAAGAAGUUUAUUGA